AUGUCCUACCGACCCCAACAGCAACAAGGCGGCCAGCCCGGGCCCUCCUAUCCGACCUCACAAGCGCAGCAGGCCCAAGCGCAAGCUCAAGCGCAAGGAAUGGGCCGAUCGUCCCCGCUCCCGCCCCUCCCCCAACUCGCCCAGAACAACCUCGGUCAACCCGGCUCCAACACCGGCGGCGGUAACGUCCCCUCGUCACAGCAUCAGCAGCAGCAGCAGCAGCAGCAACAGCAGCAGGGAGGAAGUAGUAAUGCGCUCCAUCCCUCAACGUCUGGUGGGUCCGUGUCUGGCGCGUCGGGCGAUAAGGGCCCGGACUAUGUGUAUUUCGAGCGAAAGCCGGCACUGUUUGGGGAGAACACGGCUGGGAAGGCGAUGGCGGCCAAGAUGAAGCUUGAGCUGUUUUAUAAGGAGGCAGUAGAGGGUGUAGUGGGCAGGAAGGAGAGGCGUACGACGCUGGAUAAGCAGCUAGCCGCAGAGGUGUCCACGCCUGAUACUCUCAAGGCGAGGCAAUUGCUAGCUCUGGGAAGAAGGGAGAGCAAUUAUCUUCGACUCCGCCGGACCCGUAUUGGACUCGAGGACUUCAAGACCGUCAAAGUCAUCGGUAAAGGCGCCUUCGGAGAAGUCAGGCUCGUGCAGAAGGCCGAUACGGGCAAGAUCUACGCCAUGAAGACAUUGCGGAAGAAUGAAAUGUUCAAGAAGGAUCAGCUUGCACACGUACGAGCCGAGCGUGAUGUCCUGGCUGAGAGUAAUUCUGCCUGGGUCGUUCAGCUUUACUACUCGUUCCAGGACAGCCAGUACUUGUACUUGGUGAUGGAGUUCUUACCUGGAGGAGACUUGAUGACUAUGUUGAUCAAGUACGAUACCUUUUCGGAAGACGUCACUAAGUUCUAUAUGGCGGAAUGUAUCUUGGCCAUCGAGGCGGUCCACAACUUGGGCUUCAUCCAUCGUGACAUCAAACCCGACAACAUCCUCAUCGAUAGUCUCGGCCAUAUCAAGCUAUCCGAUUUCGGCCUCUCGACCGGUUUCCACAAGCAACACGACUCCGCCUACUAUCAGCGCCUCCUCGGCACUGGCGACCCAAACGCGACCACCAACAACCGCGCUUCGCUACAGCAGAGCGGGACGGGUGUAGGUGGCGCGGCGGGCGCGCGCAAUAGUGUCAUGGUCAACGCCAUCAACCUGACCAUGACGAGCAAGAACGAUAUUGCGACUUGGAAGGCCAACAGACGGAAGUUGGCGUACUCGACGGUCGGAACUCCAGACUAUAUUUCACCCGAGAUCUUCUUGCAACAGGGCUAUGGGAAGGAAUGCGAUUGGUGGUCUCUCGGUGCGAUCAUGUUUGAAUGUCUCGUUGGCUACCCCCCUUUUUGUUCCGAGAACGCGCACGAUGUCUACCGCAAGAUCAUCGAAUGGCGAUCUCACCUCUUCUUCCCGGAUGACGUUCAUCUCAGCCGGGAAGCAGAAGACCUUAUUCGCAGGAUGCUGUGCGAGGCAGACAGGCGAUACACCGUGGAGCAGCUCAAGGCCCAUCCGUUCUUCUACGGCGUAGACUGGGCAACGAUCCGCGAUAUCGAUGCCCCCUUUGUCCCCCAUCUGCGGUCCAUCACCGACACCUCCUACUUCCCUACAGACGAGCUGGACCAGGCAUCCGAGAUGCCCACAGGCCCAGAGUCGGGGGCGGACGCAAAGAAGGAUCUGGCAUUCUUGGGGUAUACGUUCAGGAGGUACGAAAUGUUGUAA